CCCGAUAGAGUAGAGCUCCGUCGUGAGAUAGCCGAGAAAACGGGAUAAUCAAGUGACUGCAGUGGAAAUGACAGCGCACGCGAAAUCGGUGCUUUUACAUAAGAUUUAUGUUGCUUCUGUAAUCAGGCUAAGAUGAAGUCCUAUAGGUCACUUCGUUAAAUACGAUGAAGUUUCUAGAUGGUCUUAGGCCCUCAAUGGUACAAAUAUUUCACAUAUUGUGCGGAUGAAGAAAUAUUUAUAAAUGUCUUAUUUGUUUCAAAAAACUACUGUAUAGGACGUUGAUCAUAGAUGGCAAUAUAAAAGACUCGAUAGAAAAGAAAGAACUUGUGUUCGUGAAAAAUAAAUCAUUAUGGGCUAUUCAUUUGAGAUUCGGUUUUUCUUUCACUAUUAUGUGCAUAUACUCAGUGGUAAUAUUUUCAACGAAAUCUAAAAUGGAGACAAUUUGUAUACUCAAACUCUCGAAUUAUUUAGCAUUUGAUUUGGUCUUUGUUAAAUGAACUUUAGAAACCUACUCUAUUUGGCUUUUCACUUUGCAAUACUAGUUAUUUUGAACAUUUUUUUGAUUUAUUUUUACGUGCGCGUGAUGGCUUCGAAGAAGAAAGAAAGUCAAGAACACAAAUAAGAGAACGUGAUGUUAUUUCAAUUAAUUACCAUUGCUGUCCUACCUUGGAUCAGCAUUGGUCUUCAUAUACUCUACACGCUGGAAGUUAACCCCGCUGAUUAUUCAUGUAAUCAUCAAAAGCAAAUCAAAGGAAAUCCUACAACAGUGUUUGAAUUUGCAACUAGCUCCCAUGCAUUAGAAAAGUUCAUGCCAUGGUUGACAAGGUUUAAAGAAGCUGAUAAUCGACCAGUAUCGAUAAGAAAAUCCUACACAGGUUGGAUGAUAUUGCCUAUUUUAGGAGAAAUACGAUUCCAUGCCAAGCUCCUUGAUUACAGGCCAGGGAAACUCUUUGAUCUUGAAUUUUCUGACGACUUGUUGAGGCAAAGAAUCAUUAUUCAAACACGCAGUUACCACGAUCGAACUCUCUUACAAACUACUAUUCACUUCCGCCGUAAUUCAUUACUCUACCAUUGCACUAUCGGAUAUAUUUUACGAGUUUAUAUGAAAUAUCAACUUGAGAAAUCAAUGAAGAAUCUGACUGUAACUGUGGAAAGUUUAGGCGAUUCUAACAAGAUUCCUAAUUUUUCAAGAAAACAUUUGUAACAAUCCGUGCGAAGAUGAACGAUAAUAUUUGUUCUUGUUUUUAAUUAAAUAUGACUGCAGUU